AUGGACAUUAACGAUAAAGAAAGAAAGGAAAUCUUAUCGUUAAUUAAAAGCGGAGUAAGUACUGAACUAACCGCAGCUGCUGAAAACAAAGAAGCCCAAGUUAAAGAGCAGAAACUGCGGAAAUAUGAAGACAUGAUACGACACUUGCAGGGAUUUCAAGAUAGACUACGAGACUUUAAAGAGAGUGGAAAAGAAAUUAUAAAGUUAAUUGAUAAGAAAGCGUUACUAUAA